AUGACGCCAAGGACGAAUUCUUUGACCGCGCGUGCUAUGAUCAACUCGAUCUUCGACACUUGCAACCGGACGAUUGGACCCGUCAGUCCCCCGAGCCGCCCCCGUUCCGAUGACAACGACAAUAUGUCAAAAAGAUUCCUCCGCAUCGCACAGGAAUGCAUCUUGCAGGAAGUAAAGCUGCUCAAACAGCGUGUCAAUGCUGUUCACAACACAGUUGGCACAUCGGCCGACAGCUUGGAGGAGACCGUUGCGAUGUGGCCAGCCCUUCCAGAUGCGGACAGCCUAGUGGCUGCGAUGAAGCAGGCUCUCCACUUUUCUCGCUCCAUGGCCAACAUCUUCAUCGCCAAGAAGCACGUUGGUGGCAACAGCGACUUUCAGGGUAAGAAGGGUGAGCUACCGUAG